CGCAUGCGCAGGUGGGUCGGGGCCUGGUCCGGCGCGCCCGCCGUGCGUGGGGGCGGGAGGGCGAAGUGGUCAGCGCGGCGUGGUGGCCCACCCUGCGUCUUGGCCACUCAUUUAGGGGGCCGUUGGCCCCCCGACAUGUUCCACAAGCCAAAGAGGAACUUUCGGAGGCGGAGGGACCGGUCCAGCAGCAGCGAGGAGGAGGAGGAGAAGAGGGAGGAGGAGAAGGAAGGGUCAGGAGGCGGGGAAGAAGGACCAGCCAGUCCUCAGCAUGAUGACCCUGCCCAACCCCCAGGCAGCCCCCCGCCCUCCGGGCCUCAGGACCCCCGAGCAAUCUGCCUGUCAAAAUCCCCGGUGCUUGAUAAUUCUGGAGAUGAGGGGGAUGAAUCCCAUCACUCUUCAGAUAGUGAAGUUGACCAGUAUUCAUCUUCUGAAAGUCAAUCCAGUUCUUCACAGGAAACGGACAAUUCACCAGAUGCGGCUUACAUCCAGGCAGCCCGGAGAAAACGGCAGUUGGCCAGAUCCCAGUGCAAUUUCAUACCUCUGAACACCAAUCCAAAGAGGGGUGACAAGCUAUCCGAUCUCAAAAGUGGCGAUGCAGAUAGCGAGGAUGAACCUGAUGAUCAUGAAAAGAGAAUUCAGUUUGCUCCAAAGCCCCAAACUCUAAAACAGAGAAUGACUGAAGAAACAGCAUCUCAAAAUGAAGAAUCAUGUGAAAGCCAGGAAGAUGAAACACAAGAUAUUUGGGAACAGCAACAAAUGAGUAAAGCGGUCAAAAUCACACAAGAAAUUGACCUGUCCCGUACCCACAACCCCCAGCCACCCAAGAUCGAGAUCGAUACAUCACGUCCCCCGGUGAAUUUGGAAAUCAUCAAAAAGAAACUGAAUCUCAGAUUAGCUUCAUUACAGGACAUUCAUCGUUCACAUCAGAGGGAAUAUGAAAAGUAUCUUCAGGACAUCGAAAACUCUAAGAGUACUAUCAAGCGUCUAGAGAAGGCAUCGGAACCAGCUCUAAAUUAUAAAUUCUAUAAGGGUAUGAAAACUUACUUGGAAAACCUGGUUGACUGUCUUAAUGAAAAGAUGGCGGAUAUCAAGGAACUAGAAUCGUCCAUGUACCUCCUUCUUAGAGAACAAGCCAAGAUCCUUUUGAAACGAAGGCAAGAAGAUUUACUAAAUGAAUCAACUUAUUUGCAACAGUUAUCAGGAAAGGCCGGAACAUCAACAGACGACACUGUGGAAGCUGAUAAAAAAGUACAACUCCUAGAAGAGUGUGAGGCCCGAAGGGCAUGCAGAAGGCAAGCCAGAGAAAGUACCGGGAAAUGUGAUCACCAGGAAGGGAUGUCCAGUGAUGAUGAAGUGUCUCCUGCCGAGGCAAAUGACUUCCAGAAAACCAAAGAUGAUAUUUUACAGAACCAUAAGAAAAUUUUUGAAGAUGUGCAGGAAGACUUCUGUAUUAUACAGAAUAUUUUGUUGAAAUUCCAGCAGUGGCGAGAGAAGUUUCCUGAUUCUUAUUAUGAGGCAUACGUUAGCCUGUGCCUCCCUAAACUUUUAAAUCCCUUAAUUAUAAUUGAGUUAAUAGACUGGAAUCCUCUUAAGCCGGAUUCCAUAGGCUUGAAACAGAUGUCAUGGUUCAGAUCUGUGGAGGAAUUCAUUAAAAAUGGUGUAUCAGAAUUGAGGAAGGAAGACAAUCCUGAUGAAAAGAUUUUGCCUACCAUCAUUGACAAAACGGUUAUUCCUCAGAUUACAGGUUUUGUGGAAUUUGUGUGGGAUCCCUUGUCAACUUCACAGACAAGCAGUCUAAUAAAACAUUAUAAAAUAAUAUUUGGAGCCCCCUCAACUUGUGACAAUGAAGCAGGGAAAGCCAAGCAGGAUUUGAUGGGGUCCAUUGUGUCAAGAAUGAAGAAAGCGAUAGAUGAAGAUGUCUUCAUCCCUCUGUAUCCCACGUGUGUUGUGGAAGACAAAACAUCACCCCAUUUAAAGUUUCAGGAAAGACAGUUCUGGUCUGCUCUAAAGCUCUUUGGCAAUAUUCUUCUUUGGGAUGGCUUCCUCCUGGAAGAUGCCUUGUGGGAGUUAGGCCUGAGCAGGCUGCUGAAUCGCUACCUGAUCAUAUAUCUGCCCAAUGUACCGCCUGGACCAGACCUGAUCGAAAAAUGCUACCGGGUCAUAGCGUGUCUACCAGAAAGAUGGUUCAGAGGGCUUCGCACGAGAUCAUCCCUACCUCAGCUCGCAAAUCUCACCCAGCUUUUGGUGCAGUUGGCCCAUAAAUUGUAUAAGAGCGAAAAGAGGGAUCAAUUAAGAGACUUAAUUUGUCUCCUGGUCAAAGUAAGAGCUUUGGAUCAAGCAGAGGCCUUCAUAGAAGAAUAUUCACUGGAACAGCUCAGGCUAAUAAUUGAAGAAGCAGAAUAAAGUGGAAGACAAAAUACGGGAUUCUAAAAAUCGUUUCAUUUCAACAAAAGGAUCUGACUUGUUCCAUUUGGGAACGGUGAGGCCAGAGGUCACGGGAAACUGGGGUUUUGAGGGCGGGGUCAUGCUUCGAAUCCAUUCUCCUCGGUCGCUCCCGGUGUCUAUUUUUGAUAUAAUUUGGAGGAAUCGGCCGAGAUAGAAUGUGACAGAGAUUGGGAGGAAGGUAGGUGAAAGAACAAAAUAGUUUUGAAUUACGAGGUAUGGCACAUGGGGCCGGGGAGCGGGGAGGAGAAAUGGAGGGAAGGUGUUAAAACCCAGCAUCAUCAUUGUUUCAGAGAACUAUGGUGUUUCAGAUUAUUCCAAGAGGAGGAAUAUUAGCUGCUUAUUCUGUUCAUAGGAUUCACGUGUACAGCAUCUGAUACGCCGAUCAAAUUGAUCUUCUGAGAUGUUUAAGAUAUGUAAAGAGAAACUUGUUUUUGUAUUUUUGAAAUUGCCUUGGAUAUAUAAAUGAUUUUUUUAAUGUGCAGUUUAAUGCCUAAGAAAUAUUUUCUGUGGAGCUUAUUGGUAAAACUCCCCUCUGAAUUUUUUAUUUUGCAGUAAAAUGAUUCAACUCAAA